AUGCACGGUGCCAUCUCGUCCAUACCCGAGGAACUCCUCGAGCAUAUCCUCGAACACGUCGUCACCCCCUCCGUGCACUGCUCCACCACUCGCCCUCCAUGGCACAUGACUCGUCCUGCUCCUACCCUAUCUGCGGACGUACCGUCUCCCGACGCUUCCCGUCAUACCCACAUCGCCGCGCUACUCGUGUCCCACACCUGGAUACGCAUCGCGACGCCGCUGCAUUACCGUCACGUCGUACUCCGCUCCGCACGUCAUACCUCCCUCCUGGCCAGCACACUGCGUGCGAACCCUGACUUCGGUCACUGGGUACGCUCCAUCUGUGUCGAGGGUGUCUUCGAUGGUCUGGAGGAUGUUGUCGCCAUGUGCCCAUGUCUUGAGGAGUUCGAUAUGACUAUCGACGAUGGUGCGGUGUCCACUGCGACUAUUCCGGGUGGAGCGCCGGGACCAGACGUAAAGGUCAUGAACGAGAAGCUACUCCACUUUUGUGCUAGCUUCAAGAAGAUGACCAGCUUGAAGCAUCUCACCAUACGUAAGACCGCAUAUGCGUACCUGACCCUCCCUCGGACCACCCUACUCUUCGAGAAGCUCAGCGAGGCGAUCGCCGAGUGGAAACAUCUGAAAACUGUGGACAUUGCCUUCCGCUUCUCGCCACCAGCCUCCCUUACUCAGUUCACCGCCGCAUUGAUCGCAGCACCCGCGCUGCGCACCGUCUGCACCGUGCUGCCCUCAGUUUGGAACAGUGCACUUCUGGAGAUUUGCCUAAACCCAGGUCUCGAGCGCAUCGAGCUGAGCUCGGACAUCAAGAUCACUGACACGCACCUAUACCUGAAUGAGGCGCGCAAGCACACGAGGCUGUUUGACCUCAUCCGCACCGGGACGCCCCUCGUACGCCCCCGCGCGCACACCAUGACCGCUCCCCGCGCUCCGGCUGCAGGUCCGGCACCGUCCGUCGACGUGCAGACAGCGCAGGCGGAGAAGCCCGACGCGGGCACAGCAUCUGUGACGGACAAUGCGUUGCUCGUGCGGACUGCGCCAGGUGUGCGGCGGAUGAGCGCGGUCUAG